GAUUUUUCCUGGUCAAUGACAACAUAUACAAAAUAACUUAAAGCUAUUAUAAAACACUAUUAAAGCGCGACAGUUAUCCAUUCACACUACAACAGCAACCACAAUACUGUGCGAGACGGCGCGCAUGCGCACAACACUACCCAACCAGUGUCGACCCCAGCCAUCUAUUAUGCUUCUUCGCAAUAAAAGCUACCCGAAAAUCUGCAAGGAAAACGCUACCGGAGCUGCUUGGAGUGAAAGUAAUAAAAGUGCUGACACUCAGGUCUUGAGAUGGAAUGUGUGCGUCGAGGUGGGACCAAGGAGCUGCAAGAGGGUCAUUGAGCUAAGAGACGUACAGACAGCAUUCAAGCAUCUUCUUCCGCUUAACUGGCGAGUAUGUCGGUAGUCACGUCCAAUGCCCAGGUGCCUCCACCUAUUGUAAACCCACCUCCACCUGAGGUCACAAACCCCAGUAAGCCUGGUCGAAAAACAAACCAGUUACAGUAUAUGCAGAAUGUGGUUGUGAAGACUCUGUGGAAGCAUCAGUUUGCGUGGCCCUUUUAUACACCUGUGGAUGCCAUCAAAUUGAAUCUGCCAGACUACCAUAAAGUUAUUAAAAAUCCAAUGGACAUGGGAACCAUAAAGAAGCGACUUGAGAAUAAUUAUUAUUGGACUGCUGGUGAAUGCAUGCAGGACUUUAACACUAUGUUCACAAACUGUUACAUCUAUAACAAGCCCACGGAUGACAUUGUUCUCAUGGCUCAAGCCUUGGAGAAAAUAUUCCUCCAAAAGGUAGCUCAGAUGCCCCAGGAGGAGGUGGAGCUUCUACCCCCACCUCCAAAGGGCAAAGCACGAAAACCUGCAGCACCCCCUGGUUCAGAAAACCAACAAUCAAUAGCACUGACGACUGGUUCUCCAUCCUCGUCAUGUCCGAGCUCCCCCCCUCAGCUGGCUCAGACUCCUGUAAUAGCUGCAACUCCAGUCUCGACCAUCACCUCCAAUGUCCAAGCUGUGCCCCCUGCCACAUCCAUGAUCCAAACUGCACAGCCUGUUGUCAAAAAGAAAGGAGUGAAGCGGAAAGCAGACACUACCACGCCCACAACCUGUGCGAUCACUGCCAGCAGAAGUGAGUCGCCCACUGCAGUGUUGGAGUCCAAACACAGUAAAGUCAUUUCCAGACGAGAGAGCACGGGUCGACCCAUCAAACCUCCCAAAAAGGACCUGGAAGAUGGGGACAUCCAACAGCAAGGCAACAAGAAAAGCAAGCUCAAUGAUCAUCUCAAAUACUGUGACACUAUCCUUAAAGAGAUGCUUUCCAAGAAACAUGCAGCUUAUGCCUGGCCCUUCUACAAGCCUGUUGAUGCAGAAGCCCUGGAGCUUCAUGACUAUCAUGAAAUCAUCAAGCAACCAAUGGACCUUAGCACUGUCAAAAAAAAGAUGGAUGGCCGAGAAUACCAAGAUGCCCAAAGCUUUGCAGCAGAUGUUCGGUUAAUGUUCUCAAAUUGUUACAAGUACAACCCGCCUGAUCAUGAGGUUGUUGCCAUGGCGAGAAAACUACAGGAUGUGUUUGAGAUGAAAUUUGCUAAGAUGCCUGAUGAACCUGCUGAGCCGUCCUCCCCUAAUGCAGUAUCGGCCACAGCGGUGGUGAGCAAGAGCACCGGCAGCAGUGAGAGCAGCGCAGACUCUUCCAGUUCCAGCUCGGAUUCAGAGGAGGAGCGGGCCACCAGGCUGGCCGAGCUGCAGGAACAGCAAUUCGUUGUGGAGCACCCCAAUGGUAACAGGGCGGGGACAAAAAACGGGUGUGCCAAACGUUUUCAGCUGAAGGCUGUUCAUGAACAGCUGGCCGCUCUGUCACAGGGUCCUGUAAGCAAACCAAAGAAAAAGAAAGAGAAGAAAGAAAAAGAGAAGAAGAAAAAAGACAAAGAGAAGGACAAAGACAAAAACAAGGUCAAGGAAGAAGAUGAAAAAAAGGCCAAGUCAACACAACAGAAUAAGCCCCCUCAGCAGAAAAAGACCUCUGCGCGGAAACCUAACAGCACAUCCACUACAAGGCAACCGAAAAAGGGGGGCAAACCUGUCCCGGUAAACUAUGAGUCUGACGAGGAGGAGUCUCUUCCCAUGUCUUACGACGAGAAGCGACAGCUCAGCUUGGAUAUAAACCGGUUGCCGGGUGAGAAACUGGGCCGCGUGGUCCACAUCAUCCAAUCACGUGAGCCAUCACUUCGAGACUCCAACCCAGAUGAGAUCGAGAUCGACUUCGAAACGCUCAAGCCAUCCACAUUGCGUGAGCUUGAACGAUACGUCAAAUCCUGUUUACAGAAAAAGCAACGCAAACCUUUACCGGGCACUGGGAAAAAGAGUGCCAAGUCUAAAGAGGAACUGGUUCAGGAAAAGAAGAAAGAGUUAGAAAAGAGGCUACAGGACGUGAGCGGACAACUGAACCACAACAAGAAACCACCCAAAAAAGCAGAGAAGGCGGGGUCAGCGCAGGGGGGCGGGCCAUCUCGGCUGAGUGGCAGCAGCAGUUCUUCUGAUUCAGGCAGCAGCAGCUCCAGCGGCUCCAGCUCAGAGAGCAGUGACUCAGACUGAACUCGCAUCAGCUUGUCACGUACUUCAAACUCCUCUUAUUUUUUAAUGAGUAGUGUGUGUUGUCAUGAAUAGUAUCUCUCUGAAGGCCUGUUUUAUAAAGAGCUAGAAGCAUUGCAAAUGGCAGAGGAUAUUUUAAAAUAGUUUGUAGAAUGCUCCUAGCUCAGACAAAGAGGAGAAUGGCAAUAGUUUGAACAGUUUUAAGGUUAUUUUGAUUGCCCUCAAAGGGAAAUGGCUGGUAUCACCAGAGGAAAAAAAAGAUUUUUUUUAUUUUUAUUUUUUUUUAUGUCAAUUGUGGAGGCGAAACGGUUGUGUGUGUGUGUGUGUGUGUGUGUGUGUGUGUGUGUGUGUGUGUGUGUGUGUGUGUGUGUGUGUUUUUAGGUUGCUGCUCGUUAGAUCCAUACUGAAAACCUUUCAUUAGUGGAAAAACUGUCAAAUGCCUGGCUGCAUUUUACUAAUCGAGUAGCUACACAAGAUUUCAAUGUUUGAACGAAAAAAGAAAAAGAAAAAAACACUGAUCAACUCUUUUUAACUCUGGUGUGAUUGUCAUGUUAGCAUAACUUUUCAACUCAUUCCACAUUUAUUUUACAGACUAUGAUACUCUUUGCUGUUACCAUUUUUAAAAGGAUCUAUUUAUUUUUGUUUUAUCCAAAAAGGCACAAAGUCACGCAUGUUUUCAACAUGCUGUCUUUACAGAAAUGUUUCUAGACAGUACUAGACAGUGUCUAUCGACCCUGUUGUCAGUAUUGUUAUAAAAUCCUUUGUAUUUAGAGGCUUAAGCAUUGUUUGCAGUCAUUUUAGCUAUUUCAACACUGUACAUUUUCACUUCCGGUGCUCUCAGCUCAGUAUUUGUUGUAGAAUUUUGUCUGAUUUUUGUUUGUUAUUAAUCUGUACCAUACACUUCUUUGUUUGUUUUAUAUUUGGAUUGUCUUCUGCCCUUAUAUAUAUAUAUAUAUAUAUUAGGCGAGUGUCUCUUUUCCUACUUUCUGCCUGGAAUGUCCACUCAUAGGACAAUCAAAGUUUUGAUUUAAGUUCAGUCUAUAUGAUAUGCAGGUAUUUUAGAGUGGUUGAGUACAUUGGGAAAGACCAUAAUGGCAAAAUGCAUUCAGACGUUCCAAAACACACUUUGGAAUAAACAAGCCUCUCUAAAACUCCUGUAUGGGGGAUAAAAAGGAUAAAUAAUAGCUCUCUUUGGAAAGUAGAAACGUGGAGAGGAUGCCUCGGUAAAGAAAAAGAGGCAAGUAUUUAUAGGAGGAAAAGUUGGACAGUUCUCUUUGUGAAGACUUCAAUCAGCAGUGCUAGAUUAAACUUCAGAAAGAUGUGUUUGACAGUUGCUGUUAUUAGUUGAAAGUAUAACAACUAAUGUAUGUUCUCAAUUUUAGUAAUAACUUUUUUUUUUUUCUUCUUUUUUUUUCUUCCUCAAAAGGUACAAACAUUCAAAGGUACCUAAACACUUCACAAAACAUGCUAUUUUCUUGCCAUGUAUUCAGAAAAGUUUAUUUGGAAAUGACCAUGACUGAUAAUCUUUAUAAAAAAUGAAUGUAUUAGAUGUUGUUUUCUCGUUUUCUUUUUGUGGCUGCAGUAAUGCCACUCUAAGUUUUGUGGCAUUGGCAAGGAUUAAUGUCAUGCAGAGCCUCAAAUUCAAAUCUCAACCCAUUAAAUUCAUUGGAUGUGUUCUUGUUAAGUUUAGUUAA